AUGAACAAAUCAAGCAAAACCCUGAAGAAAUCUGAGUCAAAGGCAGAGCCGCAUUCAACCAAAAAGUAUGAUACUAACGACGCUUGGGUGAUAGAAAUUUAUAAUGAGCUAGUUUUGCCUUCGGAGAUUGAGCCUGAAUCGCAAAAUAUUCAUAAAGUUUGCAUCCGCCAAGUCCCAGAAUCCUUGAGUUCUAGCAAGCCAGAGGCUUUCGUGCCUACGUUUGUGGGUCUUGGUCCAUACCAUCAUUUCCGUGCUGAUCUCACCUUGAAAAUGGAUUUUAAGUUGGCUGCAGCCAAAAGGGUCCUCAAAGACCUUGUACCCAACAACCAAAAAGCAUUCGAACAACUCAUCGAAAACUAUGUCUCCUUAAAUAUUAAAGCUUUGUACCACAAGGACGUGAAAUCCGCAUAUAAUGACCCUACUUUCUUCUACGUACUCACCGUUGAUAGCUUGUUCUUGUUGGGUUUCAUCAAGCAUCUCAGCACUCCCAACAGCGAUGGAUUCCCCUACUUCUUACGUGGAACACUCGGUAUGCCACUGUUUAACGUUGCUGGUGUAGAAUUGACCAGGAAUGCUCUUAUCAGGGAAGUUUUCAUGCUCGAGAACCAAAUUCCCAUUCACGUUCUUAAGCAGAUCAAUGAAUUGAACAGCAACAGAGUUCAAACAGAUAAUCUUGGUUCAACCUUGAAAAAAUUAUGUAUUGAGCACUGCCCACUUGUCGAUAUACUAGAGUGCAAUACUCCAGAAACUUGUCAUCAUUUGUUGGAUCUCAUGUACAAUUUGGUUGUUAAUCCCGAACCUCCCUCCGAAUCUGGGACAAAUUCAGAGCAAGGUCAGCAACUGCCUCAGUCCGGGACUGACCCUCAGGCCGGGACUGACCCUCAGGCCGAGCCUGAGGUUCCCAAAAGCAAAAUGAUCAAAGACCUAAAAAAGAUUUUUAGAAAGGCACACCCAUGCUGCUACAGGUGCUGCUCCAUAUUCUUUCAUAUAAUCAUAUUUCUAUUAUUCAUAUGUUUCUUUGUGGGAUAUAUCAUUCAGCGCGUUUGGAAAGGAGUUUCAAUGGUGCUAGGUUAUUUUUUUUCGAUGGUUCGAAAAGUUUUGAGCUUUUUACUUAGUGUGAUACAAACCUUGGGAUAUUGGUUACACCCUUGCUUUGCUACCACAUAUGAGACUUUGUCCGAAUUGGAAGCUGAAAAUAAAUCCCUGGAAUGUUAUACAAGAACAUUUAAACGGCUUGAGAAGGUGACACGUAAGGACGGCUCAACAGAUUCAGAGGAUGAUGCUCGCCCAGUGGUUAUCAUCCCAUCUGUGAUGGAACUCCACAAAGCAGGGAUCAUAUUCCAACCUGCGAAAGGAGGAAUCUUAACCAUGGAUUUCGAUGAGAAGAAUGUGUUUUACUUGCCACGUAUCAAACUAGAUGUGAACUCAGAAGUGAUCAUCAGAAACCUGGUGGCUUACGAGUCGUUAACUCAAUCCAAAAGACUGGUCUUCACAAGAUACGUUGAAAUAAUGAAAGCUAUUAUAGACACUGCUGAGGAUGUGAAGCUGCUCGUAGAUGCGGACGUCAUUAGGACGGAGUUAAAGAAUCAAGUUGUGGCGGAUCUUUUCAAUGGCAUGACCAAGUCUAUUAGGAAGAAUAUGAAGACUCAAAAGUUGGAUAGAGUGAUUAAGAAAGUCAACGACGAGUUCGAUAUCAAAUGGAAGCGAAACAAGGCCGUGACCAAGUACACCUCUGCCAAAUUCAUCUCAGCUAUUGGGGGUCUUGUGCUUUUGGCUUUGACCGCCACACAAACCUACUGCUCCCUUCACCAUUGCUCUGCUUCCUCUAAGUAA